ACCUGUUAAUUAAUGACAUGCCCAAACUCAUGAGUCGUGGCGGUGCAUCAUUUGGUGAUGUUAAUUUUAUAAGUUUUGGGCGGAUUGUAUCAAGAAAAUGGCGUGAAUAGAGACAUAAGAAGGGUGUAGUGACUAGUGAUCACGUUAAUAUAUACUUGCCUGUCCACCAAUCUGUCACUCUCCGUUUUACAACACUUAUUUAUUGUUAUUAUUCCCCUUCAUUAUAUAAUUCAAUUCACUCUCCUUCUCUCUCGCUUUCUCCUGUCUCUCUCUCUCUCUCUCUCAAAACACACACACGAUCCAAUGACGACGAGCGACAACGUGAGCGGAUGUUUUGGAGACACGAAGCUGACCAAAGUGUUCGUAGGAGGAUUGGCUUGGGUCACUCAAAAAGAAGCAAUGCAUGAUCAUUUCAUCAAGUAUGGUGAUAUCUUGGAGGCAGUCGUCAUCUUCGACAAACUCACUCGCCGUUCCAAAGGCUACGGCUUCGUGACUUUCAAAGAUGCGGAAGCCGCGAAGAGGGCUUGCGAAGACCCGACUCCGAUUAUCAAUGGGCGCCGUUCCAACUGCAAUCUUGCCUCCCUCGGUGGCCGUCAUCGUAGAUCCCCCACCACCAUGGCCUCUCCUCAACAAGGAUCAAAGAAUGUGAGUAGGGCCACGUCAGGACAUGUAGGGAAUAAUCAAGCUCAAUGGUACUACCCUGCGGGAUUCACACACCAGCAACAUCAACAUCAACAUCAACUUCAACGACAACACAAUCAUCAAGCCGUUCCAUUCUAUGGGUACCCUUCCUCCUACGUCGCCCCUAACAUGACCUUCAAUCAAAAAGUUGGAUACGUUGGAGGAACCUAUAUGAACGGAUACUACGCACAACCGCAACCUCAACCUCUGCCACAGCCGCAAUAUUACCACCACAUGUAUGGUGGAGGACGUGUAAUGGUUGCGGCAAGCCCGACGAUGAUGCCUCUCUACACUGUCUAUCCUUAUCAUCAAUCUCCGGCCAUCGGUUUUCCUCAGCCUUCUUUUACGAAACACAUUCCUACUCAUCACAUUUCAGGUACAGUUGGAGGAGGAGAUAGCAUAAUGAAGAAGGCAUAAGUUGAAAGGCUACAACAAGCUGUUAACAAAACGAUUCAGGCAUUCAGCUUAAAAUUAUUUUCAUUUCUUCAUCUCACAAUGUUUUAUUUUUAACCAUAUAGACAUAAAUCAAUUUUUGAUCAAAAAAAAAAAAGACAUAAAUCAAU